UUAUCUUAAAAUAAUCACCAAAAUAGGAAGAAUUGUUUAAUCUCGUUAUAAUGAACACGUUUCGAAGAACCCCUGUUUUGUUGCCAAUAGUUACUCGGGCAGCUGACCGAAAGAAAAAGGGUUUUACGAAUUGUACAAAGGAGCAACAUUUUCUUUUCUGUCUUUCCCAUCACACGACUCGCAAGCCAAAGGGUGGGAUUGGGGAGAAUAUAAUGAAAACGGAAGUGAGACGAUGGCCAGCAUUUCGCGUAUCGGUGAUAGCUAUAGCUCCCAAACUAGCGCCCCGAUCCUGCCGAAUGCGCUUCGGAAUUGGGGCGAACGCGAGGGAAAGGGGCUGCGCGUGCGGGAGGCCGUGCCCGUCUCCCACGCGCACUCGCUCGUCGUGACCGUUAACAUUUAAAAAAGUGAGUUUGUCCGCACUCGGCGCUGCGGGUGCCUUCAUGUCGCAUGGCGGCGCGCACUUUCACAACUACUCCCCGAAUUUAGUUCCAGAAAGCGGAGGCUGACCUGGAGUACGUGGAAAAACAGCUAAAGUUCGAGUUCAUGUCCACCGUUCCGGGGAACGGGGAGGCGCAGGAAAACCCCGUGAAGCUGCUGGAGAAUCUGUCUGCCAUCAAGGCGCGACACAAGUCCCUAUGUGCGGAAAUAGAGGAGAUCGCAGCGGAGCAGAAGCAGUCUGUGGAGGCCAUCAAGGUCCACCUAAAUACCACGGUACAGCUGGUGCAAGAGCUGCAGCUCAUCUCAGACUACCAGGUUCCCCCGCUUACAGACAAAGAACGAGAGGCAGCCGAGUUUCUCUGCUUGCCUGAUUCUCAGCUGACCACAUCGACCCCAUCCACAUCUGAGGUCUCGGCCGAUAAAGAGUCACAACCCCCAAGCAAAGAGUUUGAGGAGCUAAGCGAAGCGGACUUGGAGGCUGUCCCACGCAGCGUGCGCUCCAACGUCAAGCUGGCUGACCUCAAUGCCUUCUAUAAGCAGCUGUCGGAACACUUCGUCGCAAACAACAGUGGGACUCUUAACUCCAUGCAGAUGAAGAAAAUGAACAUGAAGCCGAGCGAUGCCAAGUUGAAAACAUUAAAGCACCUCUCACUUAUUGAAGUGGACAAAAAAGGAUGCGUUCGCCUAGCAACGAGAGACUGAGGGGCUUGCAUGGGUGUGUGUUAGACUGCCGGGAUCAAUGCACGUUACGUACUGCACAUUCCAGCAAUGGUAGUGUACAGUCCUGAAGCAUCUGUUUUCAUGGAAUCAGUGUCAAAACAAAGCUUUCAGAUAUACAUGGUAAGUACUCCCAAGUUGUUUAAAUGAAAAACUCUGUUAAAUUAAUAUUUUAUUAAUAAAUGUUUAAUAUUUAUGUUUA